AAUCGCUUUCUUUUUGAACAAUAAAUAAACCGGUAAAUAAAAAAACCGGUUGUGAUACCGGUCUGCCACCCGGAUAUUGGCAGAGAUAAGAUAAAACAAUUUUAUCCGUUCGUUCCUUGAAGGGAGACAAAAAUGGCGCUGAGCUUCUUCUCUCCGCCUGCUCCUCCAGUCCAUCGCAUUACCUGUCAAGCUCUCUCCGUUGCUGUCCCAUCAGUAGCAGUAGCAGUAGCACCUCUCCCUGUAAACCCUAAUCCUUCCUUGUCCUGCGCCCUCAACUGCACUCAUUUCCAAUCGUGUUCUGGUUGUACUCAAGAGUACAAUCUACAUCAUCCGGUUGUAAUUGAUGAAGCUAUUGGUUUCUUCAACAAGCUCGGAAUCAAAGAUUUUUCAUUUGACUCCUGUAGAUUAUGGGGAUGGAGGUGUCGGGCUAAGCUGGCUGUUCGCGGUUCAUCCACCAACCCCUUGAUUGGGCUUUAUGAGGAGAACACUCAUAAUGUUGUUGAUAUACCUGAUUGUAAAUCUCAUCAUCCAAACAUCAAUGCUGCUGUUCAGCUCCUGAAGAAAGGGAUAAUUGAGUUGAAUGUUGAACCAUACGAUGAAGAUCAAGGCACUGGUGACCUGAGGUAUGUUCAGAUGGCCGUCACCACACAUGAUACCUCCCUUCCUAUCCCGGAGAGAUAUAAGAAUGGUAAAGUGCAGGUCUCUUUGGUUUGGAAUUCGAGAAGCGAGAAUUCAGCUAACACCGCAAAAUUAAAUGCUUUAGCCAAUUUCCUAUGGGGCAACGGUGGGCCAAAGAGAAAAGUCCAUUUGGUUCAUUCAGUUUGGGCUAAUUUCCAGACAUCAUCAAAUAAUAUUAUAUUUGGAAACAGAUGGAGACAUUUGUUGGGGGAAAGAGAUUUCUGGGAGCACAUUGGAGGGAUUGAUGUCUCUUUAGCUCCAUCAAGCUUUGGGCAAGCAAAUACGCGGGCUUUUGAUUCUUUGCUGCGGAAGUUGCAGAAAUAUGUCCCUCAAGGCGCAUCAGUUGUCGAUCUCUAUGCAGGUGCUGGUGUAAUUGGGUUGUCUUUGGCUGUUUCAAGGAGAUGCAGGUCAGUUAAAUGUGUUGAGGUUAACAAAGAGUCCAGACAAUCUUUUGAGAAGACAGUGGAGCGCUUGCCUACAAAUGUCGAAAGCAAUAUCAGCUGGCACCAUGCAGACGCUUCAAUAGAACCAACUUCAUGGCUCUUGGGAUCGGAUGUUGUUGUGGUUGACCCUCCGAGGAAAGGACUUGAUCCGUCCUUGGUGAAGGAACUACGGCACAUCUCAGCAGUGGAACUCAGAGCAUUUAAAAGACCUGAAAAGGUCAAAGACGAGAAGAGACCAUGGAUCCUGCGUGCCAGAGAAGAUUCAAUUCAAAUUGAAAGCACAACUGUACAUGAGGAAAAUCAAUCAUUGCCUCAAACACUUAUCUAUAUUAGCUGUGGUUGGGAAAGUUUUAAAGAGGAUUGCUCGUCACUGCUUGCUAGUAAGGAAUGGCAUUUGCAUAAAGCCCAUGGAUUUAAUUUCUUUCCCGGAACACAAAGUAUUGAGAUUCUAGCUGUGUUUAAACGAGGCAGAGGAGCUAGCACCAAGAAGAAGAAAUCGGGAAAAAAGCAAAAGAAACCCCACUGAAGAAUUCAAUUAAAGAAAGGCCAACAUUAAAGCUCAUAUUCGACUGAAAUAAAUUACAAGGAACAGAAGGGUAGAGAGGAGGCUUGCUCUGAAAUAUUGCUGUUCUUACCUUAUGGGUCAGUCAAUGUGACUCUCGUGCCCAAGUGUCCAACUGCUCUAUAAUUUACUAGUGCAGAAGUCAUUUGGUGUGUAACCAAGAAUGUUUUGUUACACUCAUUUCUGGUCUCACAUCCAUAGCAUUGUAUUUGCAAGAAGCAAAGAGUGCUGGGGAUUGUUUUGGGGUAGAGAGAGAUAUUCACGAUUUCAUGUAUAGCAGAAAAUAAUCUUUUUGGCUCUUCAAGCAUCUUCCUAGCCUUUCAGUUUCUUCUCCCAAUUGUUUAUUUUCUUAUGUUGCUAUGAGUAACGUAGCAGCUGGACAUGUGGAUGCUUUGUGUGACGAACGUAGAAUAGUAACUAUGUUGUUGCUCUUUA